UCCGGGUCUGGAAGAUUGGAGGACUUGUCAUGCACAUUUUGCAUGAUCCACGAUAUGUGUGACGUAUGCGCUAGCUGCAUCACAGAUUUUGUGAGGGCUUCCUGAUGUUGCCUAUACCGCAUGACAAAUGUUGCCCUUUCCGCGUGUACAAAAACUGGACUCCUCUUGCGGCUUACGCUGCAAUACAGAUUUUUCUAGAAUCCAAAGACAGCAUAACAAGUCUCAUCCUUUCAGACCCAGACAUUUUUGCAGUGCAUACGGGACGGCAGAGGAGGCGGGGUUGAUGCUGCUGCUCGUAGUAGUUUCGGUAUCCUGUGCAAAAGUAUCGCACUCGUAUUGCAGUCAUGCAUUACAAAUCUUGCUCUUAAGGCAAAUCCGCAUUACACAUUUUAUUUCUCAUGCUGAGCAGGAAAUUUGUAAUGCAUUUAUACGAGUACGAUACUUUUGCAGUUCAUAUACGGAAGAUUUUAUCCUGGCACCUGCCGUGCUGGUGUUUGCCAUCGAGGUGCUUGUGCUUGCUGGUAUCCUGAGAAAAAAGUGUUACAGUUAAGUACACACUCUCAUGCAAGACAACAAGCAAGACAGACAAUCUCUGUCAUGCAGGAAACGCUUGCCAGCCUCAUUCUAUCGUCCGUGUUAUUUUCCCUUAUAGUCUGCGCAUUAGAAGUUUCCUUCUCCAUGCAGAGCAAAUUUGUGAUGCUGAUAUUCCAACAAAUGUGUAACUGUAACACUUUUUUCCUGCGAUAGCUGGCUGCUGGACAACAUUAUUAGUACUGAUAAACCGGUCAGACUCAGAACGUCUACUUGUAGUUGUUUCACCGGCGACGUUUGCUGCAGCCUGCGGUGUGGGUGUGGCGGUCGCGUCCUCUCGAGUGGAUUCCAGGUCGUCGUUGAAGGAAACCCGACUCGAAGCCGUCGCUCAACCUUUCGUCGACUUCGCCACUGGAGAUGAAGAAGAUCCUGGUGAAGAUGCAGCUUUAGUAGAAGCUAGUACAACCGUGUUUACCGCCCCAGCAUUUUUUGUGGGUCCGCCAGCAGGAGAGGAUGAGCUUUUAUUUGGUGGACUACUUGCUCUAGGCGGCUCCCGAUCUCCUGCUUGUUCCGCGCUUUUGUGGUCUUGUUGGGCAGUAGUAGGUGUACCCCACGCGGUUCUACUACUACUACUACUUCCGGGUGGUCUUGCUUUCGGACUGAACUUGCUGCGAUCUUCAGUACCGGAGGUUUCCUUGCUCUCCUUGCUUGCCACACCCAUCAGACCCGACUGCGGGGUGAAGGGCUGCUGCUGUAUCAAAACGAAACUGUAUCCCCCCUACCCAUACUGAAAUGGAGACUUUGACUUGUGUAGCAUAAAUGGCGACCACGAGUCUUGUUCUUCACGUUGUCAUGCUAGAAGGCAAAAGAUGCGGACUGUCAUGGUGGCUGGCGUGGGAAAUCAACCUUGCAUCUUGAGCAUGACAGGAGACAACUGGAAGGAAGAAACAGCAUGACAAACUGCUUGCAGGUCUUCAGGCCACAGCUGCGUCUCUCCGCCUUCUGCCAAGAAUGCCCGUCGAUUUGUGUACUCAAAUACAGCAUCACAGAUUUCGUUUUCGACAUGGGGAGGGGGGAUUUUUCCUCACAGUAAGCUGCUCCUCUUGAUUUAAUCUUCCACCAGUUGUGGUCUUACUCUCCUCCUCUGCGGCUCGACCUGGAGGAACAGCGGCUGAAGACAACACGGACGGCGCAAAAACUCCAGGCAGAUCAACGUUGCUGGUGUCGUCCGGUGAGUGAAACACCUCCUUCAUGGGCGACACCGGGGGCGAAGUUUUCACCUUCAUCUUGUUGCUGCAGCUGUUCGUUGUUUUCUUCAACUUUCGACGCAAAACGUUGAGCGUCUACUUGUUACAACUUCUUCUACACCGGAAGUUCUUGCUCUUGUCGGCGUUUUUAGGUCGUGAACUAGCU